AUGGAUAAAUUUGUCCCUCUUCCGUUACCCUACUAUUUCGCGAUUCUUCUUCCCCAUAGUCAUGGCAUGGGCGUGAAGAUAGAAGAAUACGAAUUGACAUGCAACUGUAACUACAGGCUAUACAACGUCACCUUCGAAACCAGCGUUACUCGUUCUGCUUCUACUGUAUCCGCAUGGAUCAACAAAAUCGAAAUCGCUAACGAAUCUCGUCUCCACCGUCUGAUCGUCGGACUCGACGUCGAAUGGCGUCCGAACUUCAACCCGAUUCGUAUUGCUAGUGAUGAGAAAAAGUUGUGGGAGGAUUAUGGACUUCAAGUGUCGAACACGGUUGAUCUAAGGGAAUGGGCGCCGGCGGAGCUGAAUGAGAAGAGGCUACUGAAGGCAGGGCUGAGAUAUUUAGGGAAGGAAGUUGCGGGAAUUGAGAUUGCGAAGCCGAAGAGCGUGACGGUCAGUGAUUGGGAUCAACGUUGGCUUACCUCUAAGCAGAUAUGUUAUGCUUGCCUUGAUGCUGGGAGACUCUUAAGUGCUUGGUAUUAG